CUGGUGUUUGACAGUAAUCUCAACAUUUAAAAUGUGAAAUAAGUUAUUAAGAAUGGGAAAUUCGAACAUAACACAGCAUAUUGAGACCGCAGAGAAAACAGGUGCCUGUCAGCUGUGUAAAGCCGGGCUGAAAGAGUUUCCAAAGGAUCUGCAAAAGCUCACAAAGAAUCUGAGGACCCUAGAUUUAUCUGAUAACAAGCUUCCUGAGUUACCUCCCUCUAUCGGCUCAUUUUCACUUCUGAAGAAUCUGGUGCUGUCCAGGAACAAGCUAGAAAUUUUACCAGAAGAACUUGGGAAUUUGAAGAAAUUAGAAAGUUUAUCACUGGAUGGUAAUAGUCUAACAAGACUUCCUGAGUCUCUGUCACAGUUAUCAAACUUACGAACUCUGAAUGUGUCAGAGAAUAAAAUCACAAGCUUUCCAAGGUCACUUAAUACCCUUAAAAAUCUGGAUGCUGUGAAUUUAUCAAGGAAUAAAAUAACAGAAAUUCCCGAAUAUGUCAGCACAUGUCAAGCGAUUGAACUCAACUUAAAUCAAAACCAGAUUUCUCGUCUGUCUGAGAGUAUUUCCCAGUGUCCAAGGUUAAAGGUAUUGCGACUAGAGGAGAACUGCUUAGAUAUAUCUGCGUUUACACCUAAAAUCCUGAAGGAAUCAAAGAUAGCUCUCUUUGCUGUGGAGGGGAAUGUUUUUGAUAUGAAAUCUUUUCACAACUUGGAAGGCUAUGAAGAGUAUAUGGAAAGAUAUACAGAAACAAAGAAAAAGUUUAAUUGAGAUAAUAACCUGAAAAUACUUUAGUCCUUCUCUCAUUUGUUUUUUGUAUAUUGUGUUCAUAAGAUUUAUUGUAUAAUGAAGGGAUAAUGAACAAUUCUGAAUAAAUUAUGUAUUCUAAAUAAUGAUUAAAAUGAAGAACCUAAUUCACAUGAGUGGUAACAUAUUAGAAGCCAGUCAUUUUGCAAUGUUUUUGACAAGCUAUGUUCCCUUGAUCAAAAUUAGUAACAUUUCUCUCAAAAUAUAUGCAGUUAAAUAAUUCAUUUUAUUCUAUAUUUAGAAAAAAAUAUGAAGAGAAAGUUUGUGCAAAUUUUCAGUAAGGGAUUUGUAGGAAAUUCAAAUUAAUUUUUUUAAUAUCUUGAGAGAACACAUCUCUCCAAAUAAAAAAAAAAGCAUGUAAAUUCUCAUGAUGGGGUAUUUAUUCAAAAAAUACCUUCAAAUUUAUAACCAUGAUUACAAAAAUUGUACCAUUCAUUUAUUAGAUAUGGUAGUUCUGAUGAAU